CAACGAAUACCUCAUACACUCGCUUUUCCCUGUUUCACACGGCAUUUGUCCGUGAGAAGACGAUUCAGACACCCGACGUCAGCUCACAUCAUCUUGCCUUGUCGCCUUGCAACCCCUCCACAACCUUAUUUGACAGGUCGCGCAUUGGUAGACGACCUCAGUCUUCAUCUAUCUUCUUCUCGCCUUGUGGACGCUCACCUAGACGUGAUUUGGGGAAUAUAUCUUAGAAGCGAGAAAGGUUAAUACCUGUGCCUAUUUAAGAACUUUCCGAGCCAGCAUCUUCCCUCGAUAUUACUCCCAGAUAAUAAACUGCAGCUUUUCGGACUACGAAGGCGCUCUCGUCCAGCGCGUGCUCCUUGACCUUCCUACCCCAACCAACUCACUGUUGCGCAAUCCUCAUCUUAUCGCCCCCUCCACUUUCAUCCCAAGAAAAUAUACUCUCUACGCUUUCGUCUCAGCUUAAGCCUAUUACAGCUGAUUUUCGGUAAUUUCCUUGACGCGGGCUGCUCACGGUUGUACCCUAUAGAGCUUCCCCAGAUUGGGGGUUGACGCACAUCAGUGGAAGACCCGCCCGUCACAAACACAUGCGAGCACCUCCUCCUGCUUUAAAUCCAGGGGUUUAUUACCUAGACCUUGGAUAAACGUCAUUUCACCUACAUUUCAAAAACAAUUCGACGAUCUGAAAUAGCUUCGGCCACAUUGUCCUGAAGCGUCGCCCUCAAGAACUCUCCAAGAAACCCCGUCAAAAUUCCGCUAUCCUCCUUUUACCAUUUACAGACACAUUAAUAAAUAUGGCUGGCUCGACUAAAAAUGGCCAGCCAGUACGAUCAGCCAGCGCUGCUUUUGCAAACACACCAGGAAACAGUGCAUCUUUAUUGUUAGAGAAAUGUCGACCUGGUAUUCGCCGCUCGACACCUGAUUCGGAUGCCCUUGCUUCAUCUGAUGAUGAGGGCGAUCAUCAUCAUCCCGCUCAACACCAGCCGACACCUUUGGCAAACCAACGUCGCCGUACAUCCUGGCUCAACGAAGUGCCCAGCACCCUAAUGAGAAAGGCCUCACUCCCCGUCACCAGCUCAUUUUCGCCCGUCAGUUCCAAUCCCACAACACCUGCAGCGGAUCAAUCGUCGUGGGGUACCGCUACGAGUCCCGGGGUCACCACAGCAGUGAAUUGGGGAAAUACAUCUGGCAACGGAUCUUUCCCAUGGGGUACAGGGAUCUGGAACACCGAAAAUCGAAAGGAACCACCAUCUCGCAUGGCCGAGGUUCUCCAGUCCCCAACGAGCUCUAACCCUCCAAAUUUGAUCAGUACUUCCGGAGAAGAUCAAAGCGGGACUACAGCAUAUCAGGCGUCUGUGGAGCCACCGAUUCCAUUUGCCAUUCCACUUCACCCAACGCCUAAGACAUACCGCUCUCAGUCAUACUCAGUUGGACAGUUGGACCCAGAAUCCAGUGGCAUUCCCCCUUCCCUCACAACUUCCAACAAGCCCACCCCACACAUCAGUCGCAAUAGACCUGCUGCACAGUACUCCUCAGUCCAACGUCGUUCUUCUCGACCUAGCUUGUUGGAAUUAGGACAUGACCCUGCUACCCUAGGACGUGUUCGCGAAGACGAUGACGACAUUAGUCCUAGUGGCAUAGAACCCAGCAACAAUAACUGGGCAUCGAACCAGGCACGCACCAUCGAACAGCUCACUUUGGAGAACGCAAUGUUGCGUCAGGCUGCGUCAGGCCAAACGGAGAGCACCAACAGAUUCCGCGAUCGUACCAUCUCAUCGACAUCUGCCAACAACGGCUAUUCCAUGGCUCAAACCCACAAGCUUCACCCAAUCCAAGGUAGUGUUCCAGAAGAAUCUGAUCUAGCCGUAGAAGAUUUGGAAGAUGUGGGUGGUUUUGCAGGCUACAACUCCCGCAAUAAUGCCCGCAGGCGUUUCAGCGAGCAUUCAACAAACUUGGAAAAGCAAUUUCCUACCUUUGCGUCAUUGGAGAACCGCACCUUGGAAAACAUCAAACGAGCUCAGUGGCAGAGCUCACUUGGUUUUGGCAGUAUUGCUGACGUACCUCAGAGUCGCCGCCAUUCUUUCGCCGAUACUUUGACCCGACAUCCAUCGUCUUCCUUCCCUUCGUCAAGCGAGACUCGAGCAUCGGCUGGUUCGACGUCCUCCCUUUUAACCCGCGAUGAAGGGAGUUUUACUGAAAAUGGUCUAAAUACCUCAUCCACCGAAAUUGCUCCAUAUAUCUCUGGACAAGACACUAUCCCAACUUCUGGAAUUCCAACCUCUCUUCACCAAGCUUAUGUCAUGCCAAAUGCUUUUGGACGCCAGCAUGCUGCCUUUGGCCAGCCCCAUCAAAACCAGCAGUUAUUCAUUGUUACUUUCAAGUGCUACCGUGCAGAUGUCUUCUAUAUCCAAGAGGGCACUGGCUUAGAAGUAAAGACUGGUGACCUCGUAAUUGUUGAAGCUGACCGCGGUACUGAUUUGGGUACUGUUGCCCAUGCAAAUAUCAGCUGGGCAAGAGCCAAAGAACUGAAGGAUCACUAUGCCGAGGAGCAUUACAAAUGGUUGAUGCUGUUCUCGCGUCAGAAUCAAGGCAACGGCACUGGGCAUAACAAUCCUGGAGCUCCUCCAUCUCUAGGCGGUGCACUAGGCAGUGCUGUCGGUGGCAUGGGCCCUCAGUCCCAACAUACAUCUCAAGAACCUCAAGCUGCCGAGAUAAAACCUAAGCUGAUCAAGAGAUUGGCUCAAAGCCAUGAGAUCCAGACCCUUCGUGAUAAAGAAGGAAAUGAGGCCAAGGCCAAACGUGUGUGUCAGCAGAAGGUUGCUGAGCAUCGUCUCAACAUGGAAAUUCUCGAUGCUGAGUUCCAAAUGUGAGUUACUUCCCCGUGUCUUAUCACGAUAAAUAUAUGCUGAUUGAUACAACUACAGGGACUGGAAGAAGCUUACAUUUUACUAUUUUGCCGAUUCCUAUAUCAAUUUUAAUUCUCUGGUUACAGACCUAUUCAAAAUUUACAAGACGCGUAUCUGGAUGUCUGCUAUCAAUCCUGCCUCCUUUGUGACUCCAUCCACUGGACUACCACCUCCACCUGGCCCUGGGAUGAUGGGAUAUGGGCAGGAUUCCCACACUGAUCGACGCCGGCAGCAUGAAUUUGGACAAUACAGCGGCCUUAACCAAGGAAUUUCUUCUCCAUAUACUGACCCUACCCGUGACCAUAUGCAACCUAUGCAACCAGGGAUGCGUCCCCCUUACCUCGACCCAUACCAUACAUUCGGAGUUGCUAGACAACCUGACGCUGGAUUUGGAGCUGGAAUUCAACCUCAAACCGACCCAUUUUCUUCAUACCAACAGCCGCACUACACUAUGAUGGACCCUAAUGCCCCUGACUUUAGCCGAACUAACGGUCAUGGGGCCGGCAAUAGACCCCAGAACGGCCAGAAUGGCCAAAGCGAUUGGACGAACCAAUUCAAUGGCCUAUCGCUUAAUUCUUAAUGAUAUAUUUACUUCAGGCAUGGGCAUCAACUUAGCCCUGUUCAUGGAUACAUUCGAACAAUCCAUUCCGCAUCGACCUUUCGCUCGUUAACUCCGCUACGGCGAUAACAUGAUACCAGAUUCCGCCCGUCUCGGACUAUGGAAUACCCAACGGAACAUCGUUUUUAGAAUUAAUAAUUUGCAACGGCGUUAUCGGAGAUUGUGAAUACGUAUUGUUACUUUCUCCGAGAUUCAGCAGCCCUUUCCUUGGAAAUACCGUCUAGAGUCUUGAAGGUUAUGAGUAACGGCUCACCCACUCACAUACACCUUCCCGGGUCCCGUAUACUUCAGGAGCCAUUUGGACAUGGUUCAACCUGCUCUUUUUCCUGUUUACAAUCGAAUACCUUCGUUUCUUUACGUAAAUUCUUGCAUUAAGCUGCCAGCACAACGAAACUUUACGACAACCAAGUUUAAGAGAAGGACAUACUCAUGCAAAAAAUAAGAAGAAAAAAAAAAAGGAUACAAAAAGAAAGGAAAGGUGUUACGAUACAUACAGUCGUUAUGGGACUUUGUUGUUACUGCUUUUAGUUCCUGUUCUUGCUAUUAUGGUACAAUUUGUUUCUGUCACCGGUUGGUCAUUGUUUAGUUUCUUGUUAAAAUAUUUUUAACCCCUUUCUCUUCCUCUAACUUCGUCCUCCCUGUUCCCUUUCAUAGUCUUUUCUCAAUUUGAUCUUCUUUUUCUUCCUGUUCAAUAGUAACACCUCUUUCUUUCUUUUAUUCUUUUGCACCACCGGUUUUCAUCUGAUAAUUUUUUUUGUUUUGCAAAAGUUC